GUUAAUGUUAGAGUUAAGGUUAGUAUUAGGUUUAAAAUCACAUUUUAAGAAGAAGAAUUGUACAAAUGGGCGGGGUUUAGCCUAUGUCUUUGUGGGUAUAGAAGCUAGAGACGACCAUCCCUCCUUGCCUCACGACAAUUCGACAGUGUUGCCGCACAAGAGACCGAAACCGGAGGAGAUGUUUUAGACCUCCGAAAAUAUUUUACGGUGAUGCGUUAACGAUUUCAAGAGGAUAUAAGAGAGCUGGGAUCAAGCAGACAGGGAACGAGCAGGAAGCGAAAAUAAACGGCAGUUUCUGUCACGGUUGGAAGUUUUGACGGAUUUCAAAACAGUGGAUUCUGUGAAUGUGAUUGUAAACACUGUUCUGGGGUUGACACGAAUGUAGGCUUAAUUGCGUAGGACAGAAAGUUUCUGUAGGCUAAUAGCAAUUUUCCUUUUUCCAAUGGACUCGCAUUUGGAGACUGCUUGCACACAAAGUAUGGAAUUACCCCUGUAAUGUGGAUUGCAAUUUCAUUUGAAGAAAAUAAAGGUCUACUCCAGAACAAUGUGAAAAGAUACGCGUCCUGGAUUCUAAUGUUUCUGGAUAUCUUAAAAAUUAUUGGCAACAGUUGAAAUUAUGCUCAACCGAUUUUUGCUCAGGUGUCUUGCCUGCUCCGACCGUGGGACCAACAUGGAUUUGACGCCACUACAGACCCCGGUCCCCCUUUUACAGAAGUUCUAACAGUUAUUACACUUUGCUAUUACUGUUUUAAACUUUACAAAUGCUUUGGAAGAAAUCGCCAGACGACCCGCUUGGAUUUUAAAUCUACAUUUGCAUUUGGAAUUUCAAUCAUGAACUUUGACAGUUUGAUAACAUUAUUUAUUCUGACACUUCUGUAUUUGUCAGCUGUCAAGAGUGCCCACAUACCUAAGGAAGGAGGGAGAAGUGCGCAUGACGGCGUGAUCUCCUUCAUGGAGGUGUACAAUAAGAGCCUGUGUCAGCCCAGGGAGCUGCUGGUAGAGAUCCUACAGGAGUACCCAGAGGAGGUAGAACACAUCUUCAUCCCAUCCUGUGUGGUGCUGACACGCUGUGCAGGCUGCUGCAACGACGAGAUGCUACAGUGUACGCCAACCUCCACGCAUAACGUCACCAUGGAGAUAAAAAGAAUAAAACCCCACAAGCAACAAAAUGAUAUCUUCAUGAGUUUUACAGAACACAAUGCAUGUGAAUGCAGGCCAAAGAAUGAAGUGAAAGAACAGAAAGAAAAUCAGUGCGAGCCAUGUUGUGAUGGCUGUUUAGCGAGGAGAAAGCGGUUGUUCAUCCAGAACCCUCUGACUUGCCAGUGUUCCUGCAGAAACUCUGACGCCGACUGCAGGGCACGUCAGCUGGAGCUCAACGAGAGGACCUGCAGAUGUGACAAGCCCAGGAGAUGAGUCUAAGCGUAAGAUGAAACAACGUGAAGGGACAUUCACAAGAUAUUUCACAGCACUUUCAACUUUGAGCUUAUCUUCUUUGUGGAAAGCAUUCCCCUGGACUGACUGAGAAACAGCAGUGAGAAAAGAGAGGGGGAGAGAGAAAGAAAUAAUACAUUAAUAGAAAAAUAAUCCCAAUGUAUCUGCAUAUACUAAGAGAGAGAGAAAGAAAAAGUACAGAAUUUGUAUUGCUGCUAAAAGAGCUAACUAAAACCCAUCGUUUGGCGUUUGACUGGACUACGGUUUUGUUGUUGAUUCAUUUAUGCAAAUACUUCACUGGAUAUGUGUGAGUACUGUGGUUAUGUGUUAAAUCAUGAGGAACAAAACCUUGCUAUGUGGUACGUAUAUCCACAGAAGAGAAGAGGAAGGAAGAACAUUCUUCCUGACCCAUAGACUCCCUUUGCAGGAGCCCAAUGGCAAUGGCAGGACAGCCAAUGGGAGAUGGGGAUCCGUCCCUUUAUGACAGCACUUCCUUUUCCUUAAAGGAAGUUCUAGAACUGAUGCGUGGAAUGUGUGGAAAGCUAGAACUGUGUAUUUUGCUGGCCUAGCUAGCAGCGGAACUGGAUUUGGAGUGCCAUAAUACCCAAAGGGAUACUGAUGAUUGAUUUUGGUAUACAUGGAAACCACUAGAAACAACUGAUACUGUAGCUUGAUUCCAUUGAGAAACUGCCUCACAAACUGUGCUAAUCACUUUAGAGUGAGAAAUCCUGAAUUAGCUUCUUAAAUUAUUUUUGUUUAUUUUGGGGGGAGGGGAGGGGGAUGUUAUGCUGUCUGUGGUUGAACUCAAUACAGAAUGCAAUAGUAUCGAUGGCAAGCAGUCUGUAUAUACUAUACCUACUUAAUAUCCCUUAUGUCAUAGUCCACUAUAGAUAAUUUAUAAUGUUAGAGUAUUUUCAGUAUUCAGUCCUCUACCCAUAUUUAAUUUGAUCUAUUUAUAUAUCAAGUGUUAUGUUCCUUUGGGUUUCCCCCUUUCCUGCUAUGUGAUGCCAUUGUGGUCUCCAUUCUGCCUAGCUACAAGGAGAUACUGCUCUAGGCUUUUAUAAGAAAAAGAAAACCUUUACGUUAACAUUCCUGAAAUGGAUCAUUUGUAUGGACGCCAUCUAUUCUGGAUUUAUCAACCCUUUUUAUAGAGGGUGGAGGUUCUGUGUGUGAUUUUUAACCUGCUCUAUGGUCUUGGCGUGUGUAUGUGUGUGUGUCUGUGUAUGUGUGUGUGUGUGUAUGUGUGUGUGUGUGUGUGUGUGUGUGUGUGUGUGUGUGUGUGUGUGUGUGUGUGUGUGUGUGUGUGUGUGUGUGUGUGUGUGUGUGUGUGUGUGUGUGUGUGUGUGUGUGUGUGUGUGUGUGUGUGUGUGUGUGUGUGUCUGUGUCUGUGUCUGUGUCUGUGUCUGUGUGUGUUAGAGAGGCAGAGGAGGCUUAUGCUUGUCUUGAGCUCCAUCACGCAGAUAACAAUAAACCAUUGCUAAAAGAAAGCUUGGCCUACCAAGUCAACUGUUUGUAUUACAGCUAGCAAUCUGCAAUAUCAAGAAUAUAUGAUAUCAUGAUAAUAGUACUUAUGGUUUCUUUUCCAAUAUUAACAUGUUUUUUUCUGUGACAGUGUAAAGUAGUAAAGCAUAUUUAUUUACAAAUUA